UUCUUAACUGAACAAAAGAAAAGAAAGGAAAAGAAAAAGAAAAAAAAUUAUGGAUCUGAAGUCGGUUGUUGAUAACCCUCAUGCUGUUUGUAUUCCAUAUCCUGCUCAAGGUCACAUUAACCCAAUGUUCAAGCUGGCUAAACUCCUUCAAUUGAAAGGCUUUCAUAUAACCUUUGUUAACACCGAAUACAAUCAUAGACGUUUACUCAAGUCAAAAGGCCCCAAUCAUCUUGAGGGUCUGCCUGACUUUCGCUUUGAAACCAUCCCAGACGGCCUUCCUUUUUCCGAUACUAAUGUUACCCAAGACAUUCCUUCUCUUUGCAACUCCACCUCCAAGUACUGCUUAUACCCUUUAUGCAAUCUUAUUUAUAAACUCAAUGACACUGCAUCUUCCAAAGUUCCACCAGUCACUUGUAUCAUCACAGAUGGUGCCAUGUCCUUCGCGUUAGAUGCCGCUGAAGAAUUUGGAAUACCUGGUGUACUUUUCUGGACACCGAGCGCCGCUGGCGUCCUGUGUUAUACGCAGUACCAUUUUCUUGUCGAAAGAGGAAUAACACCGCUUAAAGAUGUUAGUUACCUAAAAAAUGGGUAUCUGGAAACCACUAUAGACUGGAUUCCAGGGAUGAAAAGCAUUCGUUUGAGAGAUAUUCCGACUUUUAUUAGAACUACAGAUGCAAAUGAUAUUAUGGUAAAUCACAUCAUCAAGGAAAUUCAGAGAGCCUCCAAGGCUUCUGCCAUCAUUUUGAACACUUUCGACACCUUGGAACAGGCUGUAUUGGACGCCCUGUCAGUCCUGCUACCUCCAAUUUACAGUAUUGGUCCCCUCCAGUUGUUUGAUCUUCAGAUCACGAAGGGAAAAUUUAAUGAUAUGGAUUUAAAUUUAUGGAAAGAACAGUCUGAGACUAUCGAAUGGCUCGAUUCAAAGGAACCAAGGUCAGUUGUGUACGUUAAUUUCGGAAGUAUCACUGUAAUGACUCCUCAACAACUAAUUGAGUUUGCUUGGGGACUAGCUAAUACCAAAAUGCAAUUUCUGUGGAUAAUAAGGCCCGAUCUUGUUGCCGGUGACUCAGCAGUUCUUCCACCAGAAUUUCUCACUGAAACCAAGGAUAUAGGCAUGUUAGCUAGUUGGUGUCCACAAGAGAAAGUGCUAAGCCACUCGUCAAUUGGAGUAUUUUUGAGUCACAUGGGGUGGAAUUCAACAAUUGAAAGCAUAUGCAACGGAAUACCCAUGGUUUGUUGGCCAUUUUUUGCUGAGCAGCAGACCAACUGUAUGUAUGCAUGUAAAGAAUGGGGUAUUGGGUUGGAGAUUGAUAAUAAUGUAAAGAGAGAUGAAGUUAUGAAAAUUGUGAUUGAGUCGAUGCAGGGAAAGAAGGGUAAGGAAAUGAAAAAGCAAGCCGUUGAGUGGCAAAUGAAGGCGGAAGAGGCUAGUGCUCCUGGUGGUUCGUCAUACAAGAACCUUGAGAAAUUGGUUGCGGAAGUUCUAUCAAAGCAUUGAAACCAACGGAGACUCUUGUUGCGUCUGUGGCACGAAACAAUAAACAACUAAAUAAAUUAAUAAAAAAUAAUGGACACCAAAAAUUGUUAGAGCUGGUGUUCUCUCAAUCAUGUUGAUGGUUUAUGUCUUUGCUAUAUUUAUAUAUUUAUAAAUGACUCUCUUUAUUUGUA